GAUAGAUUAAUCCCAAAUGCACCACAACCAUCGAUCACUCGCCGGGGAAGAAGAAGAAGUUGAUCAAAUAGCCACCGCCACUGCCGCCCCCUAAAUUUAGACCCAUUACUUUCUCUCUCCAAACCCCAAUCAUCAAUUCAACCCUUCUCUAUUUAUAUAUAUACAAACAUAUACAUUUCUUGAGAGAGAGAGAGAGAGAGGAGAGAGAUGGGGUCGGAGUUGAUCUACAGGGGUCACGAGACCCAACCCACACCCGACACGUACUCGCCGAAGCCUCACAAGCCAUGGGUCUCCGUGAUUCGUCCGAUUCGUUACAUGCUUCGAGAGCAGCGACUCGUCUUCGUCCUCGUCGGCAUUGCCAUCGCCACCCUUGUCUUUUCUCUCCUCCCCUCCUCCUCUAACAACCACGAUUACACCCCGAUCUCUGACUCGCACUUUCCCACCGAGUCAACUCAGCUUACCCACCGGUUCUUCUACCAGGGCCAUGGCGGGUACGGGUCGAUGAAUUCGGGCGGGAAGGUUCCGUUGGGGCUGAAGAGGAAGGGUUUGCGGAUCGUGGUCACGGGCGGGGCUGGGUUCGUGGGUAGCCACCUCGUGGACCGUCUGAUCGCGAGAGGAGACAGUGUGAUCGUCGUUGAUAAUUUCUUCACGGGUCGGAAAGAGAACGUGAUGCACCAUUUUGGGAACCCGAGGUUCGAGCUCAUCCGACACGACGUCGUUGAGCCACUUCUAUUGGAGGUGGAUCAGAUCUAUCACCUCGCUUGUCCCGCCUCUCCUGUUCAUUACAAGUUCAACCCUGUCAAGACUAUCAAGACAAAUGUGGUGGGGACUCUAAACAUGCUUGGGCUGGCAAAGAGAGUCGGUGCACGGUUCUUGCUAACGAGCACCAGUGAGGUGUACGGUGAUCCCCUGCAGCACCCUCAGGUCGAGACUUACUGGGGCAACGUCAAUCCAAUCGGUGUUCGAAGUUGUUACGAUGAAGGAAAGCGUACCGCCGAAACUCUGACUAUGGACUACCACCGAGGUGCUGGUGUUGAGGUGAGGAUUGCAAGGAUAUUCAACACAUAUGGGCCAAGGAUGUGCAUUGAUGACGGUCGUGUUGUUAGUAACUUUGUUGCUCAGGCCCUAAGGAAGGAGCCGUUGACGGUGUAUGGUGAUGGGAAGCAGACGAGGAGUUUCCAAUAUGUUUCUGAUUUGGUGGAAGGUCUGAUGCGGCUAAUGGAAGGAGAACAUGUAGGACCUUUCAAUCUUGGAAACCCCGGUGAAUUUACCAUGCUCGAACUUGCUCAGGUGGUCCAAGAGACAAUUGACCCGAAUGCAAAAAUAGAAUUCAAGCCUAACACAGAGGAUGAUCCACAUAAGAGAAAACCUGAUAUCACAAGGGCCAAAGAUCUUCUGGGUUGGGAGCCCAAGGUGUCUCUUCGCAAGGGUCUUCCCCUAAUGGUCUCAGAUUUCAGGCAACGCAUCUUUGGCGACCACAAAGAAGACGGUGGUGCCACCACCUCUACCACCAUGUCCUCACAUUAAGGAUGAAGUACAAUUUUGAGUGACAAAAGUAGAAGAAAAUGAAUAUUUUCGAGCAAAUAUAAAUUCCAAAUCCUUGUGAUUGAUACAAAAAAGGGGCGACAAUUGCAGUAAGAUUAAGCCCCACGUUUUUCUCCAUUGAAUAGUUUUGAGCGGUCUCCCUUAGCAUUUUUUGUCUCAUCCUUAUAUUUUAUUGUCAUAUUUGGAAUCAGAUAAGAAAAAAAAAAAACCAGAUGAGAAAAAAAAUAUCAUUUAAAUGCUUUGUUAUACUUUUUAGAUAGCAAGUUUCGCUUGCAAGAAUAAUUUCUACCCUAUCUUCUGUUUAUAUGUGAUCUAUAGUACUUGUUGCAUUAAUUAUAUUGCUUUUUUGUAUUUAA